GCCGACACCGCACUCCCUAGACGAGAAGUCCGCCUCGCUGCGGACAGACUACUUGGAGUCGUACCUCGCGCCGCUGCUACAGUGGCCACAACACGUACACGGAGGACAACUUCACCAGAUGGUGGAGCAGGCCCAGGAACGCAAGCCUCGAGCAGUGCGGAGAGGCCCCCCACCGUCCUUACCCAAGUCUGGGAAUUAUGGCAACGGAUCCAAGGACGGCGAACAACCAGCGCAGCGACCGCGGACGGCUCGCAGCCAGAGGGGGGCCUCAGCGGCUUCAGCAGCACUGGCACCUCAGCCACCAGCAGCGGCAGAGGCGGCAGAGGACGCACCGAUGGAGGGCGAAGAGGUCGAGGAGGAAGAGGGCCGACGGCGACGCCGCAGAGGCGGCGGGCGAGCUCACAGAGGCCAACACACCGGGAAGAGUUGGACGAGCAAGGACAAUAAUCUUCAUUCGUCACUCCUGACACUCAUGACGUUGGCAUUACAGAACACACAGCGGAUCAGACUGAUGAUGUGCGCAGUGGCAGACACGUGUACGAUGAAGAUCGCCCGCCCGAUCAUCAGCCACAUCACGGAAGAGCUGGAGGGCUUCCGCGAGAGGGUCAACGGCCUACGAUCGGCGAAGGACAAAGAAGGUCUCAAGCACUUGGGACCCCCGACCCCCGCGCUGGCCCUGGCGAUGCUCGAGGGCCUUCAGGCUUGCGAGGUAGGCGGCCGAGUAGGGACGCAAGUGGACGAGUACCUCGAGAAAUGCCAGCCGAAGGACCACGAGACCAAGCCGACAAUCGACAUGGACCAGAUCAACGAUCAAGUACACUUCAUCAGAGUCGAGAAGACCGCAGACCCAACAUCGCCAAGCUAGUGCUGGGCAUCAACGACUGGGACGGCCGCGCCAUGCUCUUAGAUGGCCUUCGGGCCGAGGGACAGACAUCCCAUCACCUGGGGCCUGCCCCAGCGGGCUGGCUGGAAGAGGGGAUCCCGGUUUGGCUGGAGCACUUUCGGAAGACCGCCGCUUAAUUUUCGUCCAGGGCGAUACUCUCCCAGCGUCUACACCAGCACCGACGCCAGCUCAGAGACCAUUUCCGCCUGCGUCAGAACACAUCGUCGUGAAUGCCGAUUCGGCCAUAUGGGAAGUUGAUGAUGGGGCUGCAGACUUAUUUUCCUGAGGAGAUGGUCCGCCGACCCCCUUAGCACCGUCCCCGCCGUGUCCCAGCGGGGCAGGUUGAUGUGCACAGUUUUGACUCCGGCCGCGUCCUUCUCCUCCUCCUCCUCCUCCUCCUCCUCCUCCUCCUCCUCCACCUCCUCCGUUAACUUUCGCCCGCCUUAUCACAACGUAGAGAACAUAUCCGUGAUGAACGCCAGUUUCAGGGUCUCUAUCAACAUGCAAUUCUUGUCCGCCCGCCAAUUGCGCGCGGCACCGUUGCAGCGCGCGGGCUUUUAAGGCAAGAGGCAGCCCUCCAGUUCGGAAGCGCUGCAGCGGCGAGCAAGACAUGUAUACCCUUUUUCGAGGGAUUCGGCGGUGUCGCCCGAGGCCUCGGUGUCGUGUGGCAUGGCCGUCUCACUCCCGCCUGUGGUAGCGUCCAUCAGUACAUGUACAGUAUGUGGAACGAUUGGCACCCGGGCAUCCGGGCACCCGGGCCCAGCCACCGAACCGGCGGCGAACCCGGGCACCCGAGCACCUGGGCACCCGGGCCCGGCCACCGAAUCGGCGGCAAACCUCACCUACCUUUAAGUCUGCUAGGACCCCUACAGAGGCAAGCUCAGAUUGGGGA